AUGAGUGCUAUCGAUGGGAAAAUAUAUGUAGUGGGAAAAUGGAACGUUCGUCCAUCGAAUUCCAUAGAGAUUUACGACCCCAAAACCCAAAUAUGGGAGUCUGUGCCGUGCCCUAUAACAGAAAUACUCGGCCAGAAGUUUACGUUAAACAGCUUAGCAAUAGACGGAAAGCUUUACCUACUUGCCGAUAAGUGUAUGGUUUACAGGCCCGUGGAAAACAAAUGGGAUGUCGGAUACUGGACUCUUUUCCUUUGGACUCAGUUUAAAUUUACUUGCGUAAUCUGCAACGUACUGUCCAGAGUGCUUAAAUGGUUGGUUAACUACGAAAGAUUGCGGAUUGCGGUUCUGUGGGUGAGGAGUAGUGGUGUUUUCUCUAGGGAAAAGGUGAUCUGGUGUGCUGUGAUUGCGGUUGAAAGGCGCAACGGACAAGAGAUUUAUGGGAAGAUUGAGUGGUGUGAUGUUGUGCUUACAGUCCCCAAGUCAUGCUGUGUAUUGGAAUCUAUUGCUGUUACGAUUUGA